CGACCUUCAGAGCGGCACUGUAGGAAGUGACUCCGGAAAGUUCUGACCCAAAGCGUUUAAUGGUUCGUUCGUCUGUGCGUAUGCCGGACUGGGUGGAGGGAAAAAAAAAACAAGAUUGGCAGAGUCCUGGGCAUUAGUUUCGGCGGAGAGUUUUUUAAAAAGCACCAGCAACCUUCGACCUCCAAAUUCUUUCCUACAAAUACUGGAUAAAACUGAGAUACAAUCAGAUAUCGAUUCCUGCUUUAGAAAAUAACUUCAAAAAGUAUGUCCUAGCAGAGCAACACCCCUCCUCCCGUCUUUUGCGUCAUCUUGUGUUGUUGUGAUAAGCAUUCAAGUUCAAACAUUUAGCUUCCUGUGGUAUACUGAUGAGCAGAACUCUUCCAUCCCAUACCUCAGUUUUGCCUAAGGAGACGCAUGCAAGAACUUUUUUCAAAAUCACUGCGCCAUUAAUAAACAAAAGAAAAGAAUAUUCAGAGAGAAGAAUUAUUGGAUAUUCAAUGCAGGAAAUGUAUGAUGUGGUAUCGGAAAUGGAAGAUUACAAGCAUUUCGUUCCUUGGUGCAAAAAGUCAGACAUAAUAUCAAGGAGACCUGGGUAUUGUAAAACCCGGUUAGAAAUCGGCUUUCCACCUGUGCUGGAGCGAUACACAUCAGUAGUGACCUUGGUGAAACCGCAUUUGGUAAAGGCGUCCUGCACGGACGGGAGGCUUUUCAAACAUCUGGAGACAGUUUGGCGUUUCAGCCCAGGCCUUCCCGGCUACCCGAGAACUUGCACCUUGGAUUUUUCGAUCUCCUUCGAGUUCCGCUCGCUGCUGCACUCGCAGCUCGCAGCCUUGUUUUUUGACGAGGUGGUGAAGCAGAUGGUGGCCGCCUUUGAAAGGAGAGCGUGCAAGCUAUACGGCCCGGAGACCAGCAUCCCGCGGGAGCUGAUGCUGCACCAGGUGCACCACACAUAGGGCGCGGGCCGGAAGCCAUGCCUCGGGACCCUGCCUGGGAGCCAGGGAGCCGCGGCAAGCCCGCCUCGGUGGCACGCCUGGCCUGCUCCGCCCAGAACUUGGGCGUAGAGCACGGACCCACAUUAUUUGUUCAAUCAAGGAUGAUUCCAAGGUUCUGCAUUUGCAACAAUGGGGAUGCCACCACCACUGUUGAGUACUGACGUCAUUCUGAGCAGGAAUUAGAGCCAUAAUUUAAAAUACCUUUCCACUGGCACCUUCCCUGCAAGAAGUUUGUUGAGCUGCAUAAUAUAUAUUAACCAUAUCAUGUUUAAGUUAUUAAAUCUAGAAUAUGUGUAAUGUAUUGCUAUAGGGCUGCCAUAGGGCCUAGGCUAGUUAGUAAUCCUAUUUCAAGCAAAAACUUGGAUUCAGCUGGGCGUGGUAGCACACGCCUGUCAUCCUAGCUACUAGGGAAGCUGAGGCAGGAGAAUCACAAGUUCCAGGCCAGCAUGGCCACUGCCGUGAGACCCUGCCUGAGUGCUGCAGCACCUGCCUGGCGUCUUCAGCACCCUGUGCUGCAUCCCCAGUCAGGGUGGGGAGGAGAAAAGCUGGGUGAGGAAGUGCCCCGGCGCUGUCGGGCAUCGAGGCUGGGGCGGCCAGAGUGUGCUUUGUCCUGUUCUGGUUUUUGAGUGGUCCAGAGUGUGGGGCUCCGUUUGGGGGAUGGCAGCCUCCUCGGUGCUCUGGCUGCCUGUUGGGAUGCUCAUCACGCAUGGUGCCUUGUUCCCCAUGAGUGGUGGCAUCUGGUCCCCAUGAGCUGUGGCAGGAGAGAGCAGGUGCCUGACUCCUCCACUGCGCAGCCCCUCUCCUGUUUACUGUGUGUACUCACCUUCCACAAUGGAUUCCAGACUGGGGUUUGUAACACAUCAAUGUGAGGACUAAAGUGGUAACUUAAUAAAGUUAAUGUGUUUAUUUUUGGUACAA